UAAAAUAAAAUAAAAAAUAAAAGAAAUAUAUAUUAAUUAUUGUAUUCCCAACAAAUCUUUUUCCCAUGCCCCAUUCAACUGCUCCUCCUCCAAAUGUGGAAAUCUUCUUCUUCUUCCUCUUCCUCUUCUUCUUCUUACAGUAAUAAUAAUAAUAAUAAUAAUCCGACAACUCCGGCGAAGACUAUGGAAGAAGUUUGGAAAGACAUCAGCUUCAACAUCACCUCCGAUCUCACCAAUCACCACCACAACCACCACCACCACCACCGCCAGUACCCUACCAGCCGCGGCGUGAUUCUCCAGGACUUCUUCUCCAACGAUCCGCCGCCGCCGACGAACUCCGUCUCCCAACCCCCGCAGCCUCCGCCGCUCCCACCGCCCACAAUGCUCACCUUGAACUCCGUUCCCGACGAUCACUUCAGCUCCCUGCUUCUGCAGCAUGAGGACCACCACCAGCACCAGCAGCCCAUUUCCAAUGUCACCUCCGUCAACGUGUCCUUCGGUGGUGCUGAAACCGCCGCCGCCGGGAAGAAGAGGUUCCCGGAACUCGAGAAAGGCUCCGGCGACCGCCGCCACAAGCGUAUGAUCAAGAACCGCGAGUCUGCUGCUCGGUCCAGGGCUAGAAAGCAGGCUUACACGAUUGAGUUAGAGUUAGAAGUAGCCCAAUUGUUGGAAGAGAACGCCAAGCUCAAAGAACAACAAGAAAAGUUAUAUAUAGCGGCGGCGGCGGCAGCAGCUCAAAAUCAGAAAAAGAAGUCUUCUCUCCAUCGAACUUCAACAGCUCCAUUUUGACAUACAUUUCAGGAAUGUAGAGAAAUGGUAGUUAUGAAUCUUUUUAAUAUAUAUUUAGAUUUUACUUUUUGAGCAAAAAAAGAAGUCUCUCUUUC